AAUAGCUUUACCUACACGCACGUUCCUGGCUUUGUCACUGUGGACUGUUUGUUGCAUUUGCAUGUGCUGCUUCCCAUUCCGUUUUCCAUUUCCAUAACCCUUUUUCUCAAGAUUCUUCCUUUUUCCUCACUCUUUCUGAAAAACCAUGGUGGGUUUCUCUUUCUGAAGGCGAAAAUAAACAAACGUGAACGCAAUUGGAAUAUAAUUGCGGGAGCUUUCAAGCCUCCAUGCAAGAUCUUAAUCGCUUUUGCCGAUGGAAGAACUCGCAAGCAGGUUCGCAUGAAAAAGGAAAAUGGCCAAAUGGUCAUGGUUCCUCUUUUUCAAAGUCAUGAGAAUAUAGUUGGGGAGGUUAUUAUAGAACCUACAAACGGGAAGAAGGUCGAACAUAAUGGUGUAAAAAUUGAGCUUCUUGGUCAAAUAGAGUUGUAUUUUGAUAGAGGCAACUUCUAUGACUUUACUUCUCUAGUACGCGAACUUGAUGUUCCUGGAAAUUUAUAUGAAAGGAAAACAUACCCAUUUGAAUUCUCCUGUGUUGAAAUGCCAUAUGAAUCAUACAGUGGAAUCAAUGUUCGGCUUAGGUACAUUUUGAAAGUGACAAUUAGUCGAAAUUAUGUCAACAACAUUGUGGAAUACAUGGAUUUUAUAGUACACAAUUAUUCUCCAGCUCCACUGAUUAAUAACAGCAUUAAGAUGGAAGUAGGAAUUGAAGAGUGCUUACACAUAGAGUUUGAAUAUGGUAAAAGCAAGUAUCAUCUGAAGGAUGUCAUCGUCGGCAAAAUAUAUUUUCUUCUGGUGAGAAUCAAAAUAAAAACCAUGGAACUUGAAAUCAGGCGCCGAGAGUCAACUGGAUCUGGGACCAAUACAUAUGUUGAGACGGAGACCCUCUCAAAGUUUGAAUUGAUGGAUGGUGUUCCUGUCCGAGGAGAAUCAAUUCCUGUGAGAUUGUUCAUGAGUCCAUAUGAGUUGACCCCCACAUACCACAACAUCAAUAACAAGUUCAGUGUGAAGUAUUUUAUAAAUCUUGUUCUUGUGGAUGAAGAGGACAGACGGUACUUCAAACAGCAAGAAAUCACAGUAUAUCGGCUAAAUGAAAAAUCCUGAAUCUUAUGACAGAGGAUUAGGAAUUAUUCUUUUUGUGUCACCACUUGUGAGUGGUAAGUUUUCUAAUAAUGUCACUGUAGUUACUUGAAAGUGGAUACUAUUCUAUUCUAUUUUUUUCCCUUUUCAUCGAUGGGUAUGUAACUAUAACUAUCUCCUAAAUUUUAACAUCCAACUUUGCCCUGUCAUGUAAAGGAACUUAAGACUAGAAAAUGAAUUCUAGUGAUACAUACUCUACACUUGAAUAGUGUUUGA